AUGCGUUCCAUCGUGGCCCUGGCGGCCUUGGCCCUCUCGGGUUCUGUCCAGCUCGCCUUAGCUAGUGUUUGUAGACCCAGCAAGACUACGGAUCUUGCGACCACGACGACGUCUACGAGUGCUCCCGUGGUGACCAACGAGCUCAAGGGCGCCAAGUUCGCCCGCAGGGCUCCCGAUGGUGGCAUCGUUGACUUUGAGAGCAGCGGUGAUGCUCAGCAUGCGGAUGAGGGAUACAAGGGCGAUGGUAGCAAGGAUAAUGGCUGUGUUCAAAUGCACGCCGACUCUAGCCCGAAGCGAGCCCUGGGUCCGGAUGUUAGCAUCUCGCAGCAGGUGACAGGUCUGAACCCGUCUACCCCCUACACUAUCCGGUUCUAUACUGCCAUCGUCCUCUACCCCCAGAACACGGAGAGCUGCUUUAUCAGAGCCUACCUCGGUGGCGAUCCCUUCUACGAGCAGGCGAUCUCCACCUCGGGCCCUACUGCUGCCUACAGUUCCGUCGUCAGGCAGGCCAGUGCCCCGGCGAACUCGGCUAUCUUUUCUAUUCAGAUGCAGUGCGGCAGCGGUAAUGCGGCCAUGAUUUACGUCGACUCCAUCUUCAUGUCCAACCAGGUUACUCCUCAGAACAUCGAUGACUUUGACCUCGUCGGUGAUGACGACGAUGUCGAAUCCCCUACAACUACUUCCGAUACCGAGACUUCCCAGGCCAGUUCUACGGGAACUGUGCCUCCUGAGACUGAGACUGAGACUGCUACUAGCUCUGAACUUCCUGGAACGGAGAGCCAGACUGUCACUAGCACCGAGCUCACUGAAACCGAGAGUCAGACUGUCACCGGCACUGAGACCUCGCAGACUGAGAGCGCUGAGACGACCGCUACUACCGGUGUGGAAACCUCUCAGACUGAUGUCGAGACUGGAACGACUACCGGCACUGAGACUAGCGAUAUCGAGACCAGCACGGCUGCUAGCACCGAGACCAGCGAUGUUGAGACUGGCACUACCACCGCCACCGAGACCUCGCAAACCGAGGGCGCUGAAACUAGCACGACUACUGCUUCUGAGACUUCCCAGACUGAAGAUGCCGAGACUGGCACAACUACUAAAGCCCAAUCCACAACCGAGAGCGAGUCUACCAUCACCUCCCAGGAGACAUCUGAGAGCACCACUGCUUCUGAGGUAUCCACCACUGCCUCGGAGGAGUCCAUCACCAUGAGCUCAACCACAUCCUCUGCAUCAUCUGAGCCCACAAUCAGCAGAAUCUGUGCCAACGUUGGAUCCAACCCUGAUGACGGCAAGGGUUGCGACAAGAGACCUGUCACAGCGGACCCAGAUUACUACUUCUCCUUCGUGGGUAACAUCGAAAAGGAGCAAUGUGCUACCCGCUGCCUCGGUGAUGAUGAGUGCGGUCACUUCGAGUAUCGAUAUGUCAACGAUUGCCACAAGGAAUGCCGUAUUUAUUCCACCAGACUAGCCGCCGACUCGCCCACCGGUCCUUCUGGCGAUACAAACAUCUGGGCCUACGACCGCAGCUGCGCCUGGCAAAUCCCCUGCUGGCAGCCCCCAGCUGAUAACGUCUGUUUGAACAAGUUUGCCGAUACUCCAGCGCCAACAUGUGUCCGCCGAAAGGCCACGCUCAAGCAGUGUGCCCAGCCCUGGCUCAGACUCACCGCACCAGACUGCACCCCCGAAGAGACGUGUGCCGGAGCCUGCGCGACUUACACGGGCUGCGUCGCCUUCUCUCUGUCCUCGGAUCCUAAUGAGCAGCGCAACUGUCUGUUGUAUACGGACCGCGUUGAGGAUAUCUCGGAGCCCGAUGAUUCCAGUCUUCUUGAGUUUGUCGACCUUGACUGCUAUGCCUGCAACGGCAAGAACAUGGCUUUAACCACCUACGCCCAGCCUAUGGAUGAUAAUACUCCUAAGCCCGAUAACACGUGUGCUGCUCCGAACAAUGCCAACUUCUUCUUGGCUACCCCUGGGGCUAACACUGCUACGACUCUCUUGACCUCGACACGUGCUGCCACUACGACCGAGGCAGCCAACUUUGCCUAG